AUAUUAACAAUUCACUUAGAUAUAUCUAUAUAACAAGACAAACAAGUGCAUCGAUCAUUUAUUUUCUUCGAGAAAAAACAAUACAGUGAAGCUUUCGAUACCUUUCACAGGGUCAUUUUCAACACUAAAUUUUAUGAAAGAAAGUUUUCACAUAUAUAUGAAGGAACAAUUAUUUUUCUUUUUCUUUUUCUUCCUCUAUUCUUUUCCAGUAUUUUCUUAAACAUGGCAAUACGAAAGGGAGAAAUGACAUCAUCGUAGUGUGAUGUUUAAGAGAAUACUAGAAAAGAAUAGAAAAAGAAAAAUAAUUGUUCCUUCGUAUAUAUAUAAAUUUUCUUUCAUAAAACUUUAGUGUUGAAAAUGAUUGAUGAACUUAUUUGUCUUGUUAUAUCUUUAUUCAAUUAUAUUUCAUCAAAUAAUGUUAACUAGGUAUAUCUAUUUCAUCUUUCUGCUCCUAAUUAAUAUUUUCUUUUUUAUCAAUCGAAUUUAAAUUAAAUUAAUAUAUAACUUGAUAAUAUUAUACAACUUAGUUUCUAUGGAUCGACUGAAUAGUGCUAAAUAUUAAUUAUUUAAAUGGUUGCUCUGGCUUGAUUAUUCAUAUUCAAUAGUUGUCUAUUACUACUUGGUAUUCUAGAUAGAUUUAAUUAUUAUAAAUAUAAUCCCAUACAUCAUUGGGUUUGUGAUAAGAUUCGAAGUGGUGGAACAUGUACACAAGGUUCAGAACAAAAUCUAUUAACACCAACAUUUCUUCGAGAAUUAAAAGUACUUGUUAAUCAAUUACUUGGCAAUGAUUUAACUGAUGAUUUAUUAAAAUUAAUAACUUAUUUGGCAGUAACUCGAUGUAAAAAAAUACGUGUUUGUGGUGACGAUGAUGAUCUUUCUUUAUAUCUUCUUGAAGCAUCAGUAACAGCAAAUCAAAAUCAACGUUUAUCAUCAUUAAAAUUACAUUUAUCAGUAGCUUUUGAUUUAAAUCAACCAAAAUUUGCAAGUCGAAUGUUACGUGCAAAUCAAGAUAUGCCUGAAGAAGAUUUAAUACAAUUAGCUAAAAGGGCAAUGAUACGAGAUCAAGAAGAGUUUCUUCAUGUAUUAGAAGAUACUUGUGGUAUAACAUCAGAUAAUCUUGGCGAAAAAUUUGAAUGUGAAUUAAGUACAAAAAUGGCUGAUGAAAAUAAUGAAACUGCCGAAGAUGAAAUACAAUCAAUUAAUGUAAAAUUAUUUUUAUGGGCAGUAUUUUUUGAUCAUUACAAUUUAUCAUUACAUUUUUGA